AUGGCUUCGGGAACCAAUACCAUGGCUGCAGCACCACCUCCCACUUCCCACACACUUUCCCGUUCACACCGAUUGCGCUUGAUGCGAUCUACCCGCAAGCUCGGGGCACUCCUGGGCGAGACCCCGCUCGUCAUAGAACGAGACGAUCCGGGGGAGGAAUUCGAUGGCGGCCCCCCGGCGAUGGUCCCGAGCACUUCCUCCCAUGCCUCAACUUCCACACUGAAACGCUCCGCUUCAUCGGCCAGCACUAUGUCCCGGACCAGCGUCGGAAUCUAUGUGCGCCGCCAUGCGCGCGGCCACGAUCCAGCCAACCUCAGCAUCUCUUCGCACCAUGAAAUGGAUCCUCGACCGACACUCGUUAUCAAUCUCCCGCCAUCUCACAUGUUUGAUUCCCAUCGCACGUCAUGGUCGUCAUCUCCUUCGACACCCGCCGAGUCGCCUGUCUUGACGCCAGCGACACUGAUAUCGGCAGGCCUCACCACACCCACCGCGGGGGACGAGAGUUCCGCGAGGAGGAGGCAGGUCUUGGCAAAGCUCAGCAGGACACUGGGCGAGAACGUGCCACCCGAGCUGGUGUUUCCUGACCCCAAGGUCCUGGAUAUCCGGGCGUCCGCACCCGCAGUGGAAUCGGCCGCGCGCAAACCCCCACUUCGCAGAGCGAGCACUCUGUCGGCAGGAGUAUACGAAUCCGCACGUCCCACCAACCAGGCUUCCAGCGCGGAAUGGGCCAAGCUGAAGAGGAGGAAGAGCUCUGUCCGACCUUCGAUCGAUUCGUCUGCCACCGAGCGGUCGUAUCAGGUUGUGUCGCUGUCUCGUGAUCCUGCGAUCGCCACCGGCCCCGACGCGGCUGUACCCCGGAGCUGGGCUCCAGGCUAUACCAUGCACCGUGAAGAAGAGGGAUGGUCUGGGGAAUGGGGCGGUCGCGACGUCCGCUCCAUGGAUGAUGUCGUGCGCGGACUGCGCGGAUUGAAGCUCAAGUGA